AUGGGAAAUAAUUUAGCAGUUUUAUAAAUAAUGCCCAACAAGUUUAAGUCGGGUUCAGUAGUAUUAAUUACAGGAGCAUCAUAGGGAAUAGGAAAGGAACUAGCAUUAAGAUAUGCAUCUAGAUAAUGCAGACUGCUUUUGUGUGCCAGAAAUGUCGAAUUAUUGAAAAAUGUGUAAAGCUUAUGCAAUCAUUUAGGAGGUAAAGCUGAGAUAUGCUAAAUGGAUGUUUCUAAUGAAGAGGAUUGCAAGAGAAUGAUCUAAGAAUGUAUUAAGCAUUUUUCAAAAAUCGAUAUCUUAGUUUUAAAUGCUGGUGUUAAUGCUCAUAGUAAAUUUGUGGAACUCCCAGAUUUAAGUUCUUUUAAGAAAGUAAUGGAAACCAACUUUUAUGGAUGUGUUUAUCCUACAAAGUAUGCUUUACCAUAUUUAUAAAAAACUAAAGGUCAAAUACUUGUUUUAUCUUCUCUUUCCGGUGAGAUUGGACUUCCUUUCCGUACUGCAUAUUGUAGCAGCAAAUUCGCUGUAACUGGCUUCUUUGAAUCUUUGAGAAUAGAACUAGAAAAUAAAGAUAUAGCAAUUACUAUAGUUUGUCCUCCAUCAGUAAAAACUAAUAUGAGAGAUCAUGAUCUCUUGCAAAAAUAUAAAACAGAAGAAAUGAAUGAAACUGACAAUAGAAUGAGUGUUGAAUAAUGUGCUGAUACUAUCAUUCUUGCAGCUGAUAAAAGAGCAAGAAAAGUAUUCUUCCCACGUUAAGCUUACCUUGCUGCAUAUAUUAGACCAUUCUUCCCAGAUUAUGUUGAUAAUAAAUUAAAGAAAUUUGCUAAACUAUGA